AUGCAUGGAACACCACCUCCACCACCACCUCCUCCAAUGUAUGGAGCACCACCUCCACCACCACCUCCUCCAAUGUAUGGAGCACCACCUCCACCAUCGCCUCCAAAGAGUCGAGGACCACCACCUCCACCUCCUCCAAUGUAUGGAGCACCAACUCCACCACCACCACCUCCUGGUGGUCGAGGACCACCCCCUCCACCUCCCCCAAUGUAUGGAGCGCCACCUCCUGGUGGUCGAGGACCACCUCCUCCACCUCCUCCAAUGUAUGGAGCACCACCUCCACCACCGCCUCCUGGUGGUCGAGGACCACCUCCUCCUCCUCCUCCUGGUGGUCGAGGUCCCCCUCCUCCACCUCCUCCUGGUGGUCGAGGUCCCCCUCCUCCACCUCCCCCAGGUGUUCCUGGUGCUCCUAGACCUCCUGGGGGUGGACCUCCACCACCUCCGCCCUUAGGUUCAAAAAGUGCAAAUGAUGGAGCUGAUCCAAGAGGCAGGGGACGUGGGUAUGCACGCCCUACAGGAGCUGCACCCCGAAAAUCCUCUUUAAAGCCUUUGCAUUGGAGCAAGGUUACAAGGGCACUACAAGGAAGUUUAUGGGAAGAAUUACAAAGACAUGGAGAACCACAAAUUGCACCAGAGUUCGAUGUUUCAGAACUAGAGAAGCUUUUCUCUUUAAAUGUUCCAAAACCUUCUGAUUCUGGUGGAAAAUCUGGAGGGCGCCGCAAGUCUGUUGGAUCUAAAGCUGACAGAGUCACCUUGGUUGAUCUAAGGAGGGCUAAUAAUACUGAAAUUAUGCUGACUAAGGUUAAGAUGCCACUUCCUGAUAUGAUGGCUGCAGUGCUGGCUUUGGACGAGUCAGUAUUAGAUAUUGAUCAAGUGGAAAAUCUCAUUAAGUUCUGUCCUACCAAAGAGGAGAUGGAUCUUUUAAAGGGAUACACAGGUGACAAGGAACUUCUGGGGAAGUGUGAACAGUAUUUUUUGGAGUUGAUGAAGGUGCCAAGGGUGGAGUCAAAAUUAAGAGUAUUUUCAUUCAAGAUUCAGUUUGGUUCCCAGCUUACGGAAUUUAAGAAGAGUUUAAACAUUGUGAACUCUGCCUGUGAAGAGGUCCGAAAUUCUGCUAAACUGAAGGAGAUAAUGAAGAAAAUUCUUUAUUUGGGUAAUACAUUGAAUCAAGGAACAGCGAGGGGGUCUGCAGUUGGAUUCAAGUUAGAUAGCCUUUUAAAGCUCACAGACACUCGUGCUUCUAACAGUAAAAUGACACUGAUGCAUUAUCUCUGCAAGGUCCUCGCUGAUAAGUCACCCAAACUCCUUGAUUUCCACUUAGACCUUGUUAACCUGGAAGGUUCCACUAAGGUCAUUGGUAAUGGGAGGUGGAGCAUAUCAGCCCCUUCCUUCAUGAUUGCUCCUCCAUUUGCACCAUUGAUAGACAAGGCUAAGCGACUUUCUAUACCAGCCGAGCUGAUACAAUUAAAGUCAUUAGCAGAAGAGAUGCAGGCAAUCAUCAAGGGACUAGAAAAGGUUAAACAAGAAUUUGCUGCAUCUGCAAAUGAUGGACCUGUCUCCGAAGUUUUCCAUAAGGUCCCAUUGAUGUGCUUAUUGGCCACGUGUUCUAAAGAAGUGAAAUACCUUCUAAUAGAACUUGUAAGGGAGUUUAUCACAUUGAAAGAAUUCAUUGCUGUAUCUGAGUCAGAGGGUAGAAAUGCUGAUGCACUUGCGCUAUAUUUUGGUGAGGAUCCUGCUCGUUGCCCUUUUGAGCAAGGUAAGUUGAUGAUUGACAUGUUUAUGUUGUUGGUACUUGUGACCACAACCCUGCUAAAUUUUAUAAGGUUGUUUCGGAAAGCACAUGAAGAGAACUGCAAACAAGCAGAGUUAGAGAAGAAGAAAGCUGAGAAAGAGGCUGAAAUGGAAAAGGCAAAGGGCGUUAACGUGACAAAGAAGGGUGCAAAAGAUAAUUUAGAUGCAGAAUGGAUGCUUGCUAUGAUUGCAUCGUCCAGUGUAUACUUAGAACUGGCACUGGCUUCCAUCAUUCACUUGGCAAUUUUUUUUGUGGCAACAAAGCAGAUGCUUUUGGAUUUGCGAAGCACCAUAGUCCAACCCCAACCGUAG